CUGAAGCACACACCACUCUCCGCCCCCAACUCUCCCGUCUCUCUCUCUCUUGGAGGUACAGUAGAGAGAGAGAGUAGAGAGAGACAGUCGCAAGCAGGAGAUAGAAAGGAAGAGGGAGUGUAGAGAGAGAGACAGAGAGAGAGAGAGUAUCAUUUGAUGGAGGAGUAAAGCGAAGAGCACAUUGUAGGGUUUUCGUAGAACAGGGGAAAAUUUUUUUAAAGAUAAUCAAGAAAAGAGGGGAAAAUCUCGAAAGCUAUCAUCUCAGAGGCGCUGAGAGACGCACACGGAGGAAGAAACGAAUAAAAAAGAGUGGUAAGGGUGAAAUGUUGGUCCCCAAAUGACCCGAUUUCGGACGAUCCAUUUCUGCAAUCCAAGAUCUCUCGCUUUCGCACCUCAAGAAUCUGCAUUGUGGCUUUGAAGUUUUGUUGGUUUAUGUUUUGAUGGUUUCUGGUCUUCCUUAAAUCAAAGGAUCUUGAAUAUUAAGUGCUGAUAAGCACACCCAAUUAUAUGAAAGAAGUCAGGGAAGUGAUAUUGUAAAUAUAAUUCAACAAAAAUGAAAUCUGACACGCUUUUGGACUAUGCUGUAUUCCAACUGUCACCAAAGCGAUCGCGGUGUGAAUUGUUCGUUUCUAGUAAUGGAAAUACUGAGAAGCUUGCAUCAGGACUAGUAAAGCCAUUUGUGACUCAUUUAAAGGUUGCAGAAGAACAGUUUGCACUGGCAGUGCAGUCAAUUAAGCUUGAGGUAGAGAAGCGUAAAAAUGCCGAAGUGUGGUUCACAAAAGGAACUCUUGAGAGAUUUGUGCGGUUUGUCAGUACUCCAGAGGUUUUGGAAUUAGUCAAUACAUAUGAUGCAGAGAUGUCUCAGUUGGAAGCAGCCCGGAGAAUCUAUUCACAGGGGGCAGGAGAUAAACUUUCCAGUGCGUUGGGUGGGGAUGGUACAGGAACCAUAGCUGCAGCAGAUGCAACAAAGAAGGAGCUGCUAAGGGCUAUUGAUGUACGGCUUCUUGCGGUUAAGCAGGAUUUAACUGCAGCUUGUGCCCGUGCAGUUGCAGCUGGUUUUAAUUCUGAAUCAGUAUCAGAGCUUCAACUCUUUGCAGAUCAGUUUGGUGCUCAUCGAUUAAACGAAGCUUGCGGCAAAUUCUUGUCGCUGUGCCAGAGGCGGCCGGAGCUCAGCACCAACCAAUGGAACCCCGCCGGUGCAGCCGCCGCCGACGACCGGGCCGUCCGCUCCUCCUAUGGCUCCGACAUGUCCAUCGACGACCCAACUGAUGACCCACUCGCCCCUCACCAAUCCAAGGCACCUUUGUGUUUGCAGCAGCCCAGACCUUCUUCCUCUGCCACCCUCGCCUCACGGCGCUCUGUCGAGAAGGUUGAAGCCAGGGACGCUGACGCAGCAGAGACUAACAACGAGGAGCCCUCGUCGAUUUUGCCAUCGCAGACCAGCCAGCCUGCCCGGCGGCUCAGCGUGCAAGACAGGAUAAACCUGUUCGAGAGCAAACAGAAGGAGAGUUCCGGAAGCGGCAGCAAGCCAAGUGUCGGAAAAUCAGUUGAGCUUAGGAGAUUGUCGUCUGAGGCUGGAGCAGGAGCAGGGGCAGGGGCAGGGGCAGGGGCGGGGGCGGCAGCAGCAGCGGCAGCUCCAGCUCCAGCGGCCGUGGAGAAGGCGGUUUUGAGGAGAUGGAGUACGGCUAGUGACAUGAGCCUUGAUUUGGGUAGUGAGAAGAAGGAUGGUGAAAGCCCUCUGUGCACGCCCUCUUCUUCUUCCUCUAUUUCCCAGAGCAAGUCUGGUACCUUUUCUGGGGAAAAGGGUUUGAAUGAAGCGGUAACUUCCUCAAAGGGUGAGGUCAGGACUGUGCUGAAAGAUCAACCUGAUUCUCACACUAGGGCUGGGGAUUCUUCGGGCAGAGAAGGGGAGAUUUUAACCAGAGCCUGGACAAGCUGGAAGGAUCAGAACCAGUUUAAAUCUUUUGGUGAUAGAGCAGAGCAGAAUCACGCAGCAUCUCAAGAGAGAGUCAGGGCUGCUUUGGGUGGUCAAGAGCGUGCUGGAUUCAAGGAUCAGGAAGCUUCUGAGUUGCAGUUCAGAGGCCUUUCAAAUCUGAAAAGUCAGGAAGCUGCUCAGCAAGUUCAACUUCCUGCAUCUUUGGACAGAGCUGAGGGGGUCGAAUUGAAGGAUAAUCAUAUCACUCUGUCACGUUUUAAGCUCUCUGCAAAGACGGCAGCAGAUUCAUCUGUGGCGUCAGAGGUUCAUUCUCAGUCUCUUGGUGGGCAAUCUGAAGGUGGUGCUGGACGAAAUACCCGGGAGGCCUCUUUCUUCCGGUACAAAGGGGUAGAUUCCUUUGCAGGGGAAGCUGGGGACGAAAUGGGGAGGAAAGACUCAGCGUCUACGGAGAAACAACCUGGCAGUUUUGCAAGUAAAGUCGAGGAUUCAGGGGUCCAGAAAAUGAAAUUGCAGAGACAAGGUUUUGGUCCUGAACAGACGAAGAAAUCACAAGGUAGGAGGGAUGAUGACAAUAGUGUUUCUGGAAACAGUAGGUCGGUUUUUCCUGCACAAACAGUUUCUGAGAAUAAAGAAACUGUUGGAUCAAAGUCAACAGCACUGGUGGAGCAAGUUCAGAGAGUAAGGCAGGCAAAGGGAAAUCAGGAGCUCAAUGAUGAGCUGAAAAUGAAGGCAAAUGAGCUUGAAAAGCUUUUUGCGGAGCACAAGCUUAGGGUUCCUGGGGAUCAGUCUAUUUCUAAUAGGAGAAACAAGCCUGCUGACAUGCAGAUGGAGCAGGUAACAACUUCUCAGUACAGAAAACCAGGAGCUGAGGUUGCUCCUUUGCAUUUGCCUGACAAAAAUGUAGCGGUCGAAUCUACCAAAAGUAUCAGCAGUGUGACAAAGUUUAAUGCUGGUCCAGUAAUGAAAACUGUAGAUAACCAGGACUAUGGGGAUGCUCUAAAACAGAAUUUCUCUGAGCUUUGUUUUUCGGAUGAUUCCAGAGGAAAAUUCUACGAUAGAUAUAUGCAGAAAAGAAAUGCAAAAUUGAAGGAAGAAUGGGGUUCUAAAAGGGCAGAGAAGGAAGCAAAGAUGAAGGCCAUGCAGGAUAGCCUUGAGAGGAGUAAGGCUGAGAUGAAGGCAAAGUUUUCAGGGUCUGCAGAUAGACAGGAUUCAGUUCUUAGUGCGCGUAAACGUGCUGAGAAACUUAGAUCAUUCAAUUUUCGGUCAAUGGUGAAGAAGGAGCAGCAGCAAAUGGAUUCUGUCCAGAGUGAAGAGGAUGAAGAUCUGUCUGAUUUGCCAGAGCAGAAGCUUUGUGGACAAGAUAGAUUACCUAGUGAGACUUCUUUAGGGGAUGGUGCUUCUAGAAGCACCCAAACCAAGAAGCUUAUUCCCAAUAAAAACCUUUCUUCAUCCACCCCACGCACCUCAGCAGUAUCAAUUCCGCGGUCAUCUGUCAAAGCUUCCAAUUCUGUUCCUGGGAGGAGAAGAAUGCAAUCUGAAAAUCCGCUAGCACAGUCAGUUCCCAACUUCGCUGAUCUUAGAAAAGAAAACACUAAGCCUUCUUCUGGUGGUGGCAAAGCGGCAACUCGCUCCCAAGUGAGGAACUAUUCCCGCAGCAGGAGCACCAGUGAAGAGAUAUCGGUUGCCAAGGAAGAGAAGCCGCGGAGGUCUCAGUCCUUAAAAAAAAGUUCUGCAAGUCCUGUGGAGUUUAAAGACUUGUCCUCUCUGAGCUCAGAUAGUAUUGUUUUGACUCCGUUGAAGUUUGAUAAGGAACAGACUGAGCAGAGCCUUCAUAACAGAGUUCCAAAGAGCACCGAGUCCAAGCCUUUCCUCAGGAAGGGUAAUGGUAUUGGUCCGGGUUCAGGUGCUGGUAUUGCCAAAUUGAGGGCUUCAACUGCAUCUGAAGCUUUGAAAGAUGAAGAACCUGAGGAGUUGCAGUUUGAGUCUGAUGAUCCCGUCGAUGUAGCAAAAGAUGAAGACCAUGAGGGGUUUGAAACUAUGGAGGCGGAAGAUUCUGCAAACUUGGAUAAUGGAAAACCAAGAUUGAGCGAGGAAUAUGACAAGUCCCUUAUUUCUGGAUCAGAAAACGGCGAUGCUGUAAGGUCUCUUUCUCAAAUCGACGCUUCUUCUGUUGCUGAAUUGCCUGCUGCUCUACCUUCGACAUUCCAAACUGCAGUAGGGUCUUUACAGGAUUCUCCAGGUGAGAGCCCUGUGUCAUGGAACUCACGCACACAUCUUUCAUUUUCUUAUCCACAUGAAACCUCGGACGUUGAUGCAUCUGUGGACUCUCCAAUGGGAAGCCCUGCAUCUUGGAAUUCCCACCCUCUUACUCAAACAGAGGCUGAGGCUGCUCGAAUGAGGAAGAAGUGGGGAAGUGCUCACAAACCUGUUAUUGUUGCUAAUUCUUCCCAUACCCAGUCCCGCAAAGAUGUGACCAAAGGGAUUAAGCGGUUGCUGAAGUUCGGAAGAAAAAGCCGUGGCACAGAGACUUUGGUUGAUUGGAUCUCUGCUACAACUUCUGAAGGAGACGAUGAUACUGAAGAUGGAAGAGAUCCUGCUACUCGGUUAUCAGAAGAUCUAAGGAAGUCAAGAAUGGGAUUCUCACAAGGUCAUCCUUCUGAUGAUGGCUUUAAUGAAAGUGAGCUGUUCAAUGAACAUGUUCAAGCCUUAAAUAGCUCUAUCCCAGCUCCUCCAGCAAACUUCAAACUGAGGGAGGAUCAUCUGUCUGGAAGCUCACUAAAAGCCCCACGAUCUUUCUUCUCUCUCUCAUCUUUCCGAAGCAAGGGAAGCGACUCGAAGCCCAGAUAACCAUUUCCAAGAUAAAAGCCAAGGCCUCUGGUGUUUGAGAUCGUCGUCAAUGAUAGGGUGUAAAGGAUGGUUUUAUAUAUAUAUAUAGCUAGCAAAUGGUUGAGGUAGGCAGCAGACGGGCCAUGUAAGUUCUAAAAUGACAUUAUGCAUAUCUUCAUGAAUAUGUCGCGGCCUCCUCAUGAUAGUUAUUUCUUACGGUUGUGUUGAAAUAUGUUGUAUAUUGUAUUGAGAUAAAGUCGCCAAUUGGCGUAAUGUCAUUAUGAGUUUUGGUAGUCCAGGGCAUUCUUUUUCGCUUCUUGAUUUGAUCUUAGCCUUGUGUGAUGUAUAAUGGAAGUUGGGAACUCUUGUUAGAAUCGGAAAUACUGUUAGAUUAAA